AUGUCAGACGGAUACGGAAGAUACGCUCGACCACGCUCGCCAGUCUACAAUCCAGCAAGAGCUUCCCUCCCUAUCAAUCUCAACGGCCAGCCCCUUACAUCUACCCAUGAACACCAUGUUCACGCCAUUCCCACCUCUCGCCGCGAGGUCGUCAUCCCCCCACGAGGUGGUAGUAGUAGUACCACAAGCAAUGCUGGGACGGUAAUGACGACGUACAAGAUCAAAACAGACCCACCUGCUCGCAGCAGCAGUCUUCGAGACGGCAGUCGUACACGACGGUCGAAUACCCUUGAAUCAAAUCCUCGCCCUACAGUAGUCACGACAGUAGCACAAAGACACAGACCAGUGGUACACAGUGGAAGGCCUGUAAGUCCCAUGAAGAGCCCCUACCGUUCGAGCGAGGAGGAAUAUUAUGCCAUUCCCGCAAGCUCGAGCCAUGGACAUGGCAAUCACCAAAAGAGAUACAGUGCUACUAUGGACAAUGCGGAUAUGAAUCGUCUGGCAACCGAGCGAGAGACGAAUAGGCUGAGGGUUGCCCCUGUGAGAGAGGGAGCAGCAUACACUGGUUCUCGGGCACGACAAGCAUACCCAGCCCCAGCAGUUAGACACGCAGAUACGGUUGCGGAUGAUUACGGAGAUGAUGGAUAUGGAUAUACCAAUCCACGAGACUUGGUUCAAUAUGAUUUAAACAACAAUACUUCUUCACGCAGUCAUGCACGGAGGGACAGCUUGGAAACUGGCACCAGAACAAGCAGGCCAAGCAGCAUUACGAGUUACAAUGAUAUUGCCCCCAGGCCUUAUGACCCGAGAGAACGGGGUCCUCCACCUACGACUAGAGGAUUUGACAGAAUUCCAAGGACGACAGCUUCUUGGGAACAGCCUCCACAAGUUCGAAUGCCCGUACCUGGCCCCCCGUCAAUGGAGCCGAUUCAACGGCCCGCGAGAGUCGAACCCCCAUAUGAGGAGCAACCGAUAAGACGAGGCGGUUCCCACCGGCCAACAUCAUACCAUGCAGACUCGAGAAGAGGCCCCCGGGACGAUUAUUACGAGGUGCGAGAUGAGGAGCCGAGGAGGGAGCGAUCUCACCGCCAAGAACCGCGAUAUGAUGAUGCCGUUGAGCAGAGAGGUUUCGGUAUCAGGACCGACAGACCAGAGAGACCCGAGCGACUCGAUCGGUUGGAGCGAGCAGACCGUUCUGAUAGGCUAGAAAGGGCGGAACGAUCUGACCGAUCUGAGAGAGAAUGGUCAGAUAGGCCUGAACGACCUGAGCGUUCUGAUAGGCUAGAUAGGCUAGACAAGUCAGAACGAUUUGACAGGCCGGAUAAAUUAAAUGAUCGGAGAGAGCAUAAGAGUAGUCGAAACGCAACUGACAGGUCGGAUAAAUCAGAUGACCGUUCAGAGCAUAAAAGCGGUCGAGGAGAUGCCAUUGCGGCUGGAAUUGGUCUCGCUAGCGCUGCUUUGGGUCUCAAUGCUGUCAAGAACUCCAAAUGGGACGACCGAGAGGACCGCGACGAGCGUGAGGAGCGAAGGCGAAAGGAUUACGAUGAGGAGCCUCGCAGACACAAAGGUUCAAGGGACGAUACUAUAGAUUUAGGAGAUAGGGCUCCCAAGGAGAGACGUCGCCGAGAAAGCAAAGAUAGGGAUAGCUCACCUCCACCAAGAGAUGUUCCAGCGCCACGAGACAUUCCACCGCCACCUAGGACCAGCCCUCCAAUUGACCGAGAUGUACAGCCCCCUCAGGACCCCGCCUACAUUGACACAAGAAAUGAGCGAGAUGGCGGUUCAGACCGGCGAGAGCAUCGCAGAAAUCGUUCUGAACGUCCAGAAGCGUCAACGCCGAGAACGGGGUCAGAUAGUUCAGCAUCCCCUGCUCCGGCCCGACCUCGUUCAAGAGCAGGAAAGGAAGCAGGUGCUGGUGUCCCAGCAUUCAAUCCCAAGGAUGCUAUGGACAUAAUAGCGAUGAAGGCAGCACUAAAUGCGAAAGAAAACGAGCCUGCCAAACCUGCCAAGGAGCCAUCUCCAAGAGCUUCGGUAAUAAAAACUCCUCGCGAAACGGCUGAGAAUAGCAGUGAUAUUACUGAACGCCGCUCUCGUGAUUCUUUUGCACCAGCUGAUAAUCGUCAAUUACGUGUGGUGUCACCGCCUCGCGAGAAGCCGGAGGACAAGCCAGUCAAAGGAAUCCUACGUGCACCACGCGAGAAAUUCCCAGAGGAUCCAAGUCCAAUCCGAGAAGGUGUUGCACCUCUGAAAGAUGCCAAGAAAGAUGGUGUGCCUCCAGACGCCAGAUGGACGAAGAUAUCUAGGAAACUCGUAAAUCCCGAGGCCCUCGAGCUAGGGAAAGAGAGAUAUGAGGCAAGAGACGACUUUGUUAUCGUCUUGAGAGUCUUAUCCAGGGACGAAGUACAGGGUUAUGCUGAAGUGACUCAGAAGCUCCGAGCCGCCCGCGAAGAAGCAGAAGAAAUCGAAGCAUCCAACGAACGUCGCCGGGCCCGUCGCGAGCGUCAUGAACGCCACAAACGAGAACGCACCAGCGGUGAACGCUCCGAGCACGUCGAGCGUCGCAGGCACGGCCACUCGGAGUCCGAUACUACCGACGAAGAGGAUGGCGAAGAUGAGAGACCAAAGAUGCUGGAUGCGCCGCCUCCAAGGAAAGGAAAGGUCGGCAGUAGUAAUUUUGAGGAGAUGAUGAUGAACGGACUGGGAAAUUCCCAAGCUCCAACGAGUGUGGCUCCGAGUGUAUCGUCGAGGGGGAAGGGGUAUGAUUGA